AUGAUGCAGUCACAUUCAGUGCUGAUAUUUAUGCUGGUUUUGGCUCUGCUACGAACCCAUUCGUGCAGCGCGGACCCAGGGACAUAUCAAGGCACUUUCCCUCAUCCAAAAAAAUACAACCCAAACGAAUCGGAUAGGUGUCUACAGCCCUCCAUCAGCGGAUUAAUCUCCGGCGGGACGGGGCCUGUUACCUCAACCGACGAUGUGCUGGAGUCCAGUCAGGAAGCGCUGCACGUUACGGAGCGUCGGUACCUGCGGACAGACUGGUGCAAGACGCAGCCGCUCAAGCAGACCAUCCACGAGGAGGGCUGCCUGAGUCGCACCAUCAUCAACCGCUUUUGCUACGGACAGUGCAACUCUUUCUACAUCCCGCGGCACAUGUACCAGGACGGGAACGCAUUCCAGUCCUGCUCAGCCUGCAAACCAAGAGUUUUCAGUACCGUCACGUAUACCUUGCUCUGCCCGGGACAGACGCCCAAUACGCGGAGGAAAAGGGUCCAGCGCGUAAAGCUGUGCCGCUGCACAACCGUUAAUAUGGAUUAA